AUGGCACCGAGCGACUACUACAAACCUCCACCACGUCUUGCAUCACAACUACCCCCUCCAUCAAUCCCACAAUCGCUGCAACAGCAACAGCCCUCGCUGCCUUACUACGAGAGCUACAGCCAACAGUCAGCGCCCUCGAUAGCACCGUCCUACCACACGAAUCCUCCACGACCAGAAGAUCGAGCAUCGCCGUUCGAAGCCCCGUUCGACGACCAUGUGUACCCGAUGGGCAGACCUGGAGGACAUCAAUAUGACAGUCAGACCAGCCUAGGGGCGGAUUCGAGAUACUAUGGACAAGGAGGCGGCGGACGGCCGGAUCAAUCACCUUCAUUUCAAGACGAUAUCCCAUUACGAGAUCACCCAGGUAUGCCGAACAAGGACAACAAUUCUACAGACCACGUCUACGAUGCGCCUGCUCCGUCACAACUGGAGCAAGGACGCAAGAAUCGCUUCAGUGGGAUGGGGCUGCUGAAGCAGCCGGGAAAGCGUAUUCCAUGGCUUGUGUAUAUCCUCACAACUGUCCAGGUAGUGGUGUUCAUCGUAGAGAUUGUGAAAAAUUCACAACUCACCGGCUCCCCCAUCGAAAUCCACCCCCAAUUUAACCCAAUGAUCGGACCCUCCCCCUACGUCCUCAUCAACAUGGGUUCCCGCUACGUGCCGUGCAUGCACUCCAUCGACGGACUGCAAAACCGCGUUGAAGGCGGCGCAAUCCAGUGGCCCUGCCCCGGAACCACCAACGACAGUGCUCUUUGUCAGCUCCACGAUCUCUGCGGCUUCGGCAUGACUGCUUCUCAAGACCCAGUAUUCCCUCCCACCGUCACAUCUACGAACAUCGCAGACUAUCCCGCUCCAGAUCAGUGGUACCGCUUCAUCAUUCCCAUCUUCCUGCACGCGGGAAUCAUACACAUUGGGUUCAACAUGCUGCUGCAAGUCACCUUAGGCAGGGAAAUCGAAAUGCAGAUUGGCAUACUGCGUUUCUUCCUCGUCUACUUCUCAAGCGGAAUCUUUGGCUUCGUGCUAGGAGGCAACUUCGCCGCGACAGGAAUUUCCUCAACCGGUGCUUCGGGUGCUUUGUUCGGCAUCCUAGCCCUCACUCUCCUCGACCUCCUUUACACCUGGAACGAUAGAAAGAGCCCAUGGAAAGACUUCGCCUUCAUCAUGCUCGACGUCGUCAUCUCCUUCGUCCUCGGACUCCUCCCCGGGCUGGACAAUUUCUCCCAUAUCGGAGGUUUCUUUAUGGGUCUCGUCCUCGGGAUCUGCAUCUUGCACUCUCCUAACGCCCUUCGAAAACGUAUAAAUCAAGGAAAUGAAUACGAGCCUCCUUUUGAAGGCACCACACCAUACAAAGUCGCCCCGGAUGAACGUGGUGGAGGGGCAGUAGGCUUCGUCAAGAGUCCAGUUGGGUUCUUUAAGGGCAGAAGAGGCGCAUGGUGGGCUUGGUGGCUCGUCAGAGCUGGCAGCCUGGUUUUCGUGUUCAUCGUCUUCAUUCUGUUGUUGAAUAAUUUCUAUGUUUAUCGGAAAUCGUGUAGUUGGUGCAAGUAUCUGAGUUGCCUGAACGUCAACAACUGGUGCAAUGUAGGCAACCUCCAGUUCAUUGAGCAGGGGACGAACACAACGUCGAAGAGAAGCGUUUUCGAUACAUGGGAGAUGAUGGCGAAGCUGUACAUGACCGAAUAA